AUGAAGGAGUUCCCUCGCAAGUUUCUAAAUCUGCGCGACAAGAAUGGCAGCCAUAGCCGGAGCAAAUCUGUUUCUCCCGGAGCCAAGGACAAAGCCCGCCCGCUCUCGGCAGAGGCGUUCCGAGCAAUGUUCAAGAAAGACGGGCCCAAGCAAGCUGCAAAAUCCGAGGAUGAAUCGUCCGAACCCGAUCAGACAAAGAUAGAAGAAGUUCAGCGUCGCCUCGACAAGAUGCGGAUAUCGAAUGUCACGGCCGAUUACAUCAAGGAUAUCAUGGCCACGAAUAUUGCAGAUGGUGAUUCCCAAAAGACAGUCGAGUUCAUCGACCUUGAACAAAAGGCUGCUUCAGGUAUUAUCGUCUCAUACGACCCGAACGUGCAGAUGCUUGGUGCUGAAAAUAGAGGAAACGUCACAUGCUAUCUCGAUUCUCUUUUGUUCGCCAUGUUUUCGAAGCUGGAUGCUUUUGAGUGUAUGCUAAAAUCCGACUUUCCGGUCGACGAUCCUAGAGUAAAGCUUGUCACAUUGCUUCGGAUAUGGGUCAACCUUUUGCGUUCCGGUAAACUCAUUCGAACCGACUUGACAAAGCUGAUGCAGGAGGCAUUGAGUGACUGCGGCUGGUCGGAAGCCAAACUGCUGGAGCAGCAAGAUACCUCGGAGGCUUUCGCCUUCCUUACCGAGACGUUGCAGCUUCCCCUUUUAUCCUUGCAGGUAGACCUGUUCCAUCAGGGGAUAAAGGACAAGGACGACCACAAAGUAGUAUACGAACGUCUGCUGAACUUGGCCGUUCCCCCUGAUCCCAAAGGAAAAGGGAUCAAGCUUGAGGACUGCCUAGAAGAAUACUUCAACGCCAAAGUAGACGUACUCCGAGACCACGAAGAGGCAUGGAAAGGCAGUGUAGAUGAGAAAGGAUCCGGGGACAGAUCCCCCCUGGCGACUCAAAACACCAUUCGACUAGUUCGGGCAGAAGAAGGCGCCAGCUCCUCUGUAGCUGUCCCACUUGUUGAUAUCGCACCAUCACAAUCAUCUCUCGGUGAUUCGCUGGACAGGAGCUUGCCACGACCUUUGGAUUCGCCGUCCGCAGACAUCAAUUCUCCAGAGGCACAAUCAGUCGAGAUUUCGGGUAUACAAGGGGACAGUGCGCUGAAGCCGCAGAGUUCGACGGUCAGAAACAGGUCCGCCAGUGUUAUUCAGCGAGUUGUAAUGGACGAGGCUGGACGAUCAAGGGAAAAUGAAGACGGGGUCACGGCCAAGCCAUCAAGACACAGACGCUCAACUAUUGUGAAGGCAGUGACAAUCCCCGCUUGGCAAUUUUUCCGUCUCAUCCCCUGGCACGCUUUGAGACCGAACGAGCCUCGGAGUGACUCGGAGGUUGCGUUAAACUUUGACCAGAGGCCCGUUGUUGGCAUCUGCCUCAAACGUUAUGCCAUGACGGAAUCCGGGCAACCAAAACGGCACAACACAUUUAUCGACAUCCCCGACAGUCUUCGCCUGCCGCACUUUAUGCUGGCCGGAGGUCCCAAGUUGGGCCAAGAGCUCAACGGCCUUAGCACCGAGUACAAGUUGGUGCUGCAGUCGGUCGUGUGCCAUCGAGGAGACUCGCUCCAUAGCGGCCACUACAUUGCCUUUGCACGGGUUGCCCCCAAACUACUCACCGGGAACAGGCGACAUGACUUUGAUCCGCCUCCGGAUUACGAAGAGGCCCAGUGGGUAAAAUUCGACGAUUUGGAGGCAGAGAACCGCGUCAGCUACGUCGACGACAUCAAGCAAGCACUCAAGGCGGAGAUGCCGUACCUGCUAUUCUACCAGAUUGUCCCCAUGUUUGACAUGCCGCGGUGCUCUACGGACGGCGCGGAAACAGGACCUCCAUCCUACAACGAAUUCAAACUCAGCCUUGAAAUCAACGGCGCCGCGGUGCCGUCGUGCGCGUUUGACGAGCUGAUUGGGGGCUGCCCAGAUGAACCGCUAUCGGUAGAUGCAAGCGCGAGCAGCAAUACGCCCAGUAUGCGCCUGUCGGCCGAGAUGGACCGCUUUCACCGCGGUGGCCACUGGUCAGUAUCCCAUACCGGAUCAACCCCCAUGGCCUCUCGUCGGGAGAGCUUGGCAACCACGGAAUCCCCGGCCGUCACACCAGGCGCCAACUCACCGGUCAUGACGCCAACCGACGAGCCGACCACUUCUCGACUAUCGCGAGCGGCAUCGCGGUUUGCCCUGAGUCGACAGAGCCGGCCCCAGAGCCAGUCGGGCGAAGGCCGCAUCAGCUUAACCAUGACCCGCCUCGGCGGCCUCAUGAGACCCAGCCGGGAACCACUCGCCGAGCCAUCUUCAAACGGGCUCCCAGUUUCGGCGACAAACCCGACAGGUUCCCUCUCAGACACGUCCACCAAGGCGCUAGACUCAUCCGCUGAGGAAAAGCAGGCUGCCCCCGCUGCGCAAGGCAAAGAGAAGCUCAAGUAUCGGGGAGGCAAGGCCAAAGACAAGGAGAAGCCCGAAAAACACCACAAGGCGAACCAGGGUGACCAGCCCGAGCGGGAAUGCGCAGUCAUGUAA